AUGUACACCACCUGUGUAGAGGGUGUUCCAACGAUCACUGUAAAUACUUUGCAGGCUCAGCAGCAAACAACUCAGUUAAUCGCAUGUGCAGCAGAAGAACAACAGGAAUCACAGCAACAACAGCUCCAAUGCUGUGACUCUGAAAGUGCAGAAAUAUUCACUCAUCACGAACAUGAAACUGACCCCUCACACCAAGAAACACAGGUUCUAACUACAGCGAACACUACUACCACUACAGCACCAAUCAUGAUCAAAGAAAGCAAGAAGAUGGUAACAAGCACCAUUCAACUGUCAGACCAACAUUCCCCACCUCUACCCCUUCCCCAACACUUCAAGAGAGAUAGUGAUGUUGUUGAGGCUGCUGCAGCAGCAGCAGCUGUGAUUCCCACCAUAGAAGAACAGCAUAUGAUUCAGAUUUUGCCAACAUCUUCAUCAUCGUCAUUGGUCAAUGCAGUUGUAGUUGGUUGUGGUGGUUGCUGUGGUAGCUGCAAUACUGGUGAUCACUCUCAGGAAAUCAUUACAGAUGGUACUCUGACCACAAACUGUUGCUGGAAGCAAGAGGAAGCUGAAAGCCAACCCCCACAGCAAUCAUUUGACAUGACAGUCAUGACACCAGUUCCCUUACCAGAGAAAAACCAAAAACGAGCUCAGUCUAGCUCACUCUCAUUUUGCUGUCAGGUUUGUGGCAGAAUUUUCUCCAGGCGUGAUAAUUUGGAGCGACACAAGCUCGUACAUCAAGAAGGCAGAGUAAACCCUUUUAACUGUGAGGUGUGUGGUAAAGCAUUCUCACGCAAGUCUUACCUGAAAGUCCAUGCACGUAUUCAUUCAGGGGAACGACCAUACCAGUGUAAUAUUUGUGGCUUUGCCUUUGCUCGUUAUGACCAUUUGCUCAAGCAUAAGAAAUUGACCAAAGGUCGGCGAAAACUAAGCUGUGUCCCACAUUUCCAAACCACUGAAGAAGCCUCGGUAGAUAUGCCAUCAAAUAUUGAAGAAACCAAUUGUCAAGAAGGUGAGGAAGAGGAACAGCAGCCUCAUGGACACCAUCCCCAUCACCAAAACCCCCAUCCACAAGAACAGACACAGCACAUAACAAUCUUGCAAGAUGGAACCUUGGCCACUACUAGUUCCACUCCAGCAGACACUCAAAUCACAGAGAACCGAGUAUUUCAUGCCACAGGCUCUAUUGUUUCACCUGUCGGUCAUCAUACGGUAACAGUUGGGGGCACCCCAAUCACCCAAAUCUUCCACACAAUACAAAUGACUUCAGGAAAUACUCCAGUGUUUCGCACAGUGCAAAUGGCUCCAACAACACAGAUAGUCACUAACAAUUCACAGCUUGUGUCACCGACAGCAACUACACAUAUAUUUACUAAUAAAUAA